UUUGACUAAAAUGAGAUUAUAUGGCAUCUAUCCUCAAUGCAUAGCUGCGACUGCGAAAGUUAUUUUAAUCUCUCUGCCGAAAGUCUUGCAGGAAAAUGAAUAGCCGAACUGACAUACACGAACAAAGAUCGAAAGAAAGAGUCGAAGAAAUGGGGGAAGUCAAACUAGUAACAAUGGGCUCAGAAGCAAAGGAAAGCAUGAUCGACUUUCCAGAAAAGUCAGCAAUUUCUCUAUUUUCCACUGCCGGUUCUCCUGUCACGAAUCAAGAAAAGGUGGAAGCAUCUAGCUCUGCCGAUAUACUGCUAUGGGAGGAAGGUGACUACCUGGAAGAUAUUAUGCAGCACCUUGCUCACAUGGAGAGUGUGACCCUUCCAAACGUUUCCAUGAUCGAAAAGCAAAUGCAAAUUACGUGGCAACUGCGGUCAAGCCUCAUUGAUUUUGUAGUUCAGUCACACCAGUACUUUCGUCUUUCCCCACAGGUUCUGUUUCUUUCAGUCAAUCUGAUCGAUCGAUACUGCUCGAGAAAGCAGAUUGGCAAAGAAUAUUACUUGUUGCUUGGGAGUGCCGCGCUCUGGAUUGCUUCCAAAUAUGACGGCAAAGCCUACCAAGGGAAAGGUUUCGCGCGUCCAUCGGCCAAAGAGAUAAGCGAACUGUGCAAUGGCAUGUUUGAUGAACAUAUGAUAGCUCAGAUGGAGAUAUCGAUCCUCUUCACCUUAGAUUGGGUACUAGGUCAUCCAACAACUGACCAAGGUAUCAAGUUCUUGCUGGUAGGAGAGCCUGAAAAUAAGGAACUCGCUAGUAUGGCAGCUUAUUUGUCUGAAAUAUCGCUUUACCAUCGAGAGUUUGUUGGGAUCAAGCCUUCUGUUAUUGCCGAAUCAUGCUGCAUGCUCGCCAAGAUUAUCCUAUACGGAAGUCUAUCCAUAGGGGAUAACACAGAGGCUGUGGUGAUGGAAACUUUGAAUUCUCUCUGGAAACACGUUUGCCAACCUCCACCAGCUAUUUCCGAGAAGUAUUUAAGGCAGAACCGACACUAUGUAGCGCAGAUAGUGUUUAGUCGCCUGGCAGAUUCAACAGGUCAUGCAACGUAUGAUAGACAGGCAUAAAGGAAGGUCGUGGAAAUCGACAAUCUCAUAGGAACUUGGUCGCAUUGUCAUAAUAUUAUUGUAGAAUUAAGGUAAAAGGAAAACAAUUCAGACCUACUAAUAAUAG